CCCUACUUCUGUCGUCUUGUUCGACCCUCCAAGCCAGCCGCCUCCUGCAGACCCUCGUCUCGAGCUCACGAAUCUCUCAGCUAUGGAAUCGACCGUGAAGCACGCGCUAGUGGUGAAAGUGAUGGGCCGCACUGGAUCCAGGGGUCAGGUGACCCAAGUCCGAGUCAAGUUUCUCGACGACCAGAACCGGUUCAUCAUGAGGAACGUCAAGGGUCCGGUCCGGGAGGGCGACAUCCUCACCCUGCUCGAGUCCGAGAGAGAAGCUAGAAGGUUGCGUUGAUGGGUCUUCCGUCUUUGUCUUCAACAAUUGGAUGAAGCUAUGUUCUCUUCUUGUUUUCCGGGUUUAUGUUUUUGUGGUGUUGACUAAUGAUUAGUGAGAAUGACUGGGUUUGUUGUGGUGUUAUGGAUAUUGCGUUAUGAGUUUUUUGAACAUUUUUGUGUUAUGAAAACGAGUUUGAUUUGGUUA